UUAGUCAGUGCCGGGAGCGCUGCUAUGGCGUUCCUCGGACCCGCGGCUCCUCCUCACGCUGUGCUCGAGGCGGAGGCUAGGAGGGGGCCGAGGAGGAGGAGGCGGGCGGCCGGCCGCCGCAGCUGCAGAGCCGGGGCCAGGGGAGGCGGAGGCGGAGCGGGAGCCUCCGCAGCCAGUCGGGCCGCCUACAGUGCUCCCCUGGCUUGAGGGCGCGGGGCGCCAGCCAUGCCUCGGUGUGGCCGCUGAAGCCGGGCGCCGCGUCCCCGCCGCUGUGCCUCGCUGCCCGGGCUGCCCGCGGCGGGAGAGCGAAGCCGCCCGUCAGCCAGCGGUGGAGCGGGCGCGGGAGCGCGGGGCCGGAGGAGGCGGGGAAGAUGGACCCGGUGCCCUCGUUGGGCUGCAGCCUCAAGGAUGUGAAGUGGAGCCCAGUGGCUGUGCCGCUCGACCUGCUGGUCAGCACCUACCGGCUGCCCCAGAUCGCGCGGCUGGACAGCGGAGAAUGCGUGGAAGGGCUGCGAGAGAAUGACUACCUGCUGAUCCAUUCAUGCCGGCAGUGGACCACCAUCACUGCUCAUAGCCUGGAAGAAGGUCACUAUGUCAUUGGGCCAAAGAUAGAGAUCCCCGUACAUUAUGCAGGACAAUUCAAGCUGCUGGAACAAGACCGGGAUAUAAAGGAGCCGGUGCAAUAUUUCAACAGCGUGGAGGAAGUGGCCAAAGCAUUUCCUGAACGUGUGUACGUCAUGGAGGAAAUUACAUUCAACGUGAAGGUUGCGUCGGGUGAAUGCAAUGAAGACACGGAAGUUUACAACAUCACCCUGUGUACUGGGGAUGAACUCACCCUAAUGGGGCAGGCAGAAAUCCUUUAUGCGAAGACCUUCAAGGAGAAGUCUCGACUCAACACAAUUUUCAAAAAGAUUGGGAAGCUCAAUUCCAUCAGCAAGCUGGGGAAAGGUAAAAUGCCCUGCCUCAUUUGCAUGAAUCACCGGACCAAUGAAAGCAUCAGCCUUCCAUUCCAAUGCAAGGGCAGGUUUAGCACCCGAAGCCCCCUGGAACUUCAGAUGCAGGAAGGGGAGCACACCAUCCGAAACAUCGUGGAGAAGACGAGACUCCCUGUGAAUGUGACGGUGCCCAGCCCUCCACCCAGAAACCCUUAUGACCUCCACUUCAUCAGAGAAGGACACCGCUACAAGUUUGUGAACAUCCAGACCAAGACGGUAGUGGUGUGCUGCGUUCUCCGUAACAACAAGAUCCUCCCCAUGCAUUUCCCUUUGCACUUGACGGUCCCCAAGUUCAGCCUCCCGGAACACCUGGUGAAGGGAGAGGUGUGGCCGGAAACCCUGGUCCAUCACUGGCUUGGUAUCUGCCAAGAGCAGUUUGACAUUGAUGAGUAUUCACGGGCUGUUCGCGAUGUGAAAACGGACUGGAGUGAAGACUGUAAGAGUCCCAAAAAGGGCCGUUGCUCCGGCCACAACCAUUUGCCCAAUUCCCUCAGCUACGCCCGCGACGAGCUCACCCAGUCUUUCCACCGGCUCUCCGUCUGUGUGUACGGCAACAAUCUUCACGGCAACAGUGAGGUGAACCUCCACGGCUGCCGGGACCUCGGGGGAGAGUGGGCCCCUUUUCCCCACGACAUCCUCCCCUAUCAAGACUCUGGUGACAGUGGAAGCGACUACCUUUUCCCGGAAGCUAAUGAGGAGUCAGCGGGCAUCCCAGGGAAGCCGGAAGUUCCCUAUGAAGAGCUAUGGCUGGAGGAAGGCAAACCUACUCACCAGCCUCUCACUCGCUCGCUCAGUGAGAAGAGCAGAUGUGACCCCCUGAGAGGCUCCACGCGAUCCAAAUGUGCAACGUCUUCUCUUCCUGCCCCUGCGACCCUGGGAGCCACGAUGAAGUCUUCAGAAAUCGUCCUACCUCCACCUCCAGUGCCUCCCAAAUCUGAAGCCGUCAGGGAAGAAUGCCGGCUCCUGAACGCCCCACCUGUUCCGCCCCGAAGUUCAAAGCCUUUGUCCACCAGCCCCUCCAUCCCUCCUCGUACAGUCAAGCCAGUUCGGCCACAGACUCGCUCUCCCAGCCCCACCCUCUCCUACUAUUCUUCAGGGCUGCAUAACAUCAGCAUCACUAAAAGUGACCCAAGUCCUCCUGACAGUGCUCCCGUCUCCUGCUACCCUUGCAACCGAGUGAAAAGUGACUCUACAGACCCCAAGUCCCCAUUCGGAAGUCCUUCUGCCGAAGCUCUGGCCUCCCGACUCUCAUGGCCCAACCAUUACUCGGGAGCGUCGGAGAGCCAGACCCGGAGUGACUUUCUGCUCGACCCGAGUAGGAGCUACAGCUACCCCAGACAGAAGACACCCGGCACACCAAAGAGAAACUGCCCGGCCCCUUUUGAUUUUGACGGCUGCGAGCUCCUAGGCAGCCCACCCAGCACAGCCUCUGCAGAAUUCAGCAGUGGCGGCAGCGGCGUCUCCGGUUGCCCCAAGUCCGCCAGCUACUCUCUGGAGAACUCCGAGGACAACUCCCUUGCAGCUGGCAUGACCAAGCAGAGCAUCUCCUGCCCUGCCUUACCCCCAAGGGCCCCAAAGCCAGUGGAACAGAAAACCACCCCUGAAACAUCUCCUUUGCCUCUGAAAAUUGAUGGUGCUGAGGAGGACCCCACAGCAGGGUCACUGGACCUCUCAGAGGACCAGUAUUUUGUGAGAAAGGGCAUGCAGGACAUCUUCUCUGUCUCUUACCCUUUCUCAUCUCCGCUCCACCUCCAGCUGGCCCCCAGAUCCUGUGGGGACGGGUCCCCAUGGCAGCCACCUGCUGACCUGUCAGAACUCUCUAUAGAGGAAGUGUCCAAGUCUUUACGGUUCAUUGGUUUGUCUGAAGACGUCAUAGCCUUCUUCGUCACUGAAAAGAUCGAUGGGAAUUUGCUUGUCCAGUUAACGGAAGAAAUCCUCUCAGAGGAUUUCAAACUAAGCAAACUGCAGGUGAAGAAAAUAAUGCAAUUUAUUAAUGGCUGGAGGCCCAAGAUAUAGCCAAAUGGUGUGCGACAGAGCUGAGAAACAUACGUGCUAGAAGGGGUGGGCUAGGACACAAAUCCACAUUUUUGCACUAAAAAAAAAAAAAAAGACAAAAAAAACAAAAGCCCUUCUCUGUAAAUAGAGAUAGAGAAAGUCUUACUAUGCAGAUUCCGUUUCUGAAUGGUGAACAGGCCAUUUUGUACAUCAGUAAAGAUGCUGUACAGAACACUUAGAGGUGUGCCUUGUACGUCACUCAACACUCAACAGCUGCUAAAAGAACUAAAGUCCUAUUCAGAGAACUCUUUUUCACCCCAGUAGGUUUUCAAGAAGGCAUGGUAUUUAUUACGAAACAGCCAAAGCUGAAAGACAUGAACACUUGUGAGCAGUCCGCUCCCUCGGGGAGGUGACGUCCGACAGUUAGUUGUACUCUGCGGCUUGCUUUGCUUCAUGCCAACUGUUUAACUCUUGUGCCUGAUGAUGUUAGUGGUGUGAAAAGAAACUUUCAUGUCCUAUGCUUGGUGGAGAUCUUUUUUAUCAAAAGGCAUUUUCCAAAAAUCAUGUUUUGAUGGAGGAUGUCUGAUAUCCUUAGAAAUGACACAAAUCAUGACCGUUACAUUUGAUCUGUAACUGCUGCUAGUUUUAUUGAGCAGAGAAAAAAAAAAAAUAGGUGUGUGUGUGUGUGUAUGCAGCACACAGAGAUACGUGUAAAUGUAAUUUUUGAAUCUGAUGUUUUAAAUGCCAUCCGUUUACUUUCUAAUAUCCAUUGAGGUGGAGGGGCCUUUAACUGAGUGGAUCCUCUUGAGAACAGUUGGCAGGAUGACUCCAAAACGUCUCAGAACCUGAACUCUGAAGCUCCGCCCCAUAGGCUCCGCCCCUGGGAACUCAGAAGCGAUCAGUCAAGAGUCUGUUGAAGAGUCUAAUGUGAUUCUCAAGCCCGUGCGAGCGCUGAUUCCUGCAUACCCAUGCUGACGCUUGGGAGAGGACAGCUGCUUUGGAGCCGUCCUCCUGUCCUCCGUGUGUCCCUCACACCCGUGAGUUCUCACCACCACGCCUCUUAUGUUAGGAAAGCUCGUGACUCCAACAGACCACCUCUCAGUUAUAUAUGCCACAUCUCUGCACUGAUUCCUACAAUAUCAAUAAGAGUACUUGCUAAUUCCACAGACCUUCUAUUCCUCUAAAUUAAUAAUAAUAAUUACCAUACUCUUAUUCUGAGAAUUCCAGAACCUGUCUAUGAAUUUUGCUAAAUGUGGUUAAAUACUCCAAAAUAGAGCCUCAUAUCCUUACCCUUGGCUCUUUGAAGGCAUAUGACCUCAAAGAGUUCCUUUUUUUUUUUCCCUGAGCAGCAAAUGUAUCCUCCAAAGAGUCCCUGAGUCUGUCCCAGAAUCUAACUCGGCAGACCUCCUGUUAGCAAGAUGCACACCUGAGCUUCUCAGGAGAGGUUGUUUGGCCACCAGGAGGCAGUGUAUCCUGAAGGGUUGAGCAUAUUUAUAUUUGAAGCAUGUCUUCCUAGUCACCAAAAAAGAAGUCACUGUUAAAGUCAAGAGCCCGCAGCAGCCGGGCUCGAAGUCCUGGGAAGCAUGCCACUGUUUCUUUCCCGUAGAAAGCUGCUUCAUUCCAUCUUGUGACUUAGUUGAGAUGAAUGGACACCUAGUCUAAUUCCUCAUCUCUGGUCUCAUUAAGAGAAGAACAGGCUUUUACCUUUCUUGGUUGUAAAUACCACAGUGCAAGGAAAAAGAAUCCUCUAUAACUGGCAUGCUUCAGGAGUCAUGAAUGAAUCCCACCCCCCAACCCCCUACCCCCCCAACCCCCCACCCCCGCCCCCUACUGCCCUCUCACAACCAAGACUCAUGGACGUCUGAUUCAGAAAGCAGCCCUCUCAGAGAGGAGUUAAGUCCUUAGAAAGGGCACCCAGCCCGAGAACAUUAACUUCCCUUGAGAAUAAAGACAGACAACCUGCCGGAGAGACACAACUGGUCACACUCACAAAACCCGCCCUUUGUCCAUCCUUUAGCACCUAGCACGUGACCAUGAUUCUCAAACUCGGCCUUGAGCCGUGGGGUUGGCUUGAGUUGACAGUGAAGGUUGGCCCACAUAAACACCUGCCUUUGUUCGUCUUUUGCAAGACCCUCAAACAAAAUAAGAUUGUCCAUCUCCUUUGAGUUCAUUUGCUUUGGUCCUGGCACACCCAUGCCAAGUCUGUAUUGACCGGGAUCCUGGUACCCUCCUGAGAGCCAGGAUAGGCCUUGGAGUCAUGCAUUCCUUGGACAGUCACUGGGCACUUUCUGUUUGCCAGACCCAGGGCUGAGCAAAGACCUAGCCCCUGCCCUCUUGGAACUCGUUUCUGUUUCAAAAUCACAGUAGCUGACACUGUAUGUGUGCAUGAGAGACUGAAAUGUUCGUGGAAGGUGGAUUUAUGGAGAGUGACGUGCCCCAGCUUUAAGGAGCCCACAGGUGGAAGCACUGACAGCCUCUUCGAACACAUACAAUAAACACCCCCAAGACGCUUGGCAUCCAUUAAAGGAAAUAUGCAUCUGUCUUUCACUGACUCCUGUUCUCUUUUACUGACUUGGAAUUUUUUAAUGAUAAUCAGUACUUGGCAUUUCUGAAAGGCACGAAUAAGUGUAAUUGCCACUUCUGGGCUGAUUACCUGUCUGUGGAGGAUGCCGGCUAGACGAGGAAUUCAUAAGCCGGCAGAGAGAAUGAGACAGGCUGCGCAGAGCAGAAGGUGGAAACAGCCCUCGCCUUCCACGUCCCACAGCAGAGCCUCCUCCCACCAGCCAGGUCGAGACCAAACCUCCUUUUGUGGCAGAUUCCCUACAGCCCAGUGAGUGACCGUGGGACUUGUGGCGAAGUACUGUCUGCACAGGAUCUUUGGAGGAUCCUUACACUCAUGCCUAAAACCUUCCUGCCCCUCCCCUAUCAGGAAAGAGCAUCAGCAAUAAACGAAGCCAAGCAGCUGAAAUGUAAAAUACAAAGUCAAUUCAGAGAGGAAACUCAAGCAUUCACCCACCAACGCUGUCACAGAGUCUUCUAAACGUCUGCAAGUUGUCUUUAAGUUGAACUGCUCAAGUUUAUGAACUGUGAAAUGUCCAUGUAUCCUCUCUCUCUCUCAGCCCACAUGCACCAUUCAAAUUUAUGAAGUUGUACCAAACUGCCCAUUCAGCUAAAUUGCAGUGUUUAUUCUUAUCUUGCAGAAAUGCCACAACCUUCUGGGAGAUGGGACAGUCCAUUCCAGCUGAUCAGAUACAUGCAUAAACAACCUCCACUCACUGCCAAGCCGGCUAGAAGUUCAGGGGGUGGGGGUGGAUGGAUGGAGAACCCUUCAUUUUCCUAGUGCUUCCCAAAUGCCUAACAUCUAUAAGUGUAUUCCCUGAAAAGCAAGCUGGGAAAGAAAAUAUUCCUCCAAAGACCCCAGUAAAUUUGAGUUGCAGUCUACCAAAAAAAAAACCUCACAUCUCUUGGACGCCUAAGACUUUCAGAAAUAUGUCCAUCACAUGAAUUUCCAUUGCUUUUCUGGAAAUCUGAAGCUGCUAAGGCAGGAAGAAUCAAAGGUCCAGAGAGCAGAUGGAGGAAAUGGGACUUUUAUUAUACUGUGGGUUUGUAAUGUAGGAUUCUUGUGACCAUAUCAGGUCAAGUCACAUUUCCGAGUUUUCAAGACUUCCUGUUUUACAGUUUGCCUCAUUGUGAAUCUAAGAAACAAGUGAGCGUGUCUCAAGCCAGGUACAAACCUCGUCUGUAGUUGUACCCUUCCGUCCAACUUCGAAGCUGUGCGUUUUGUAGCAGAGCCUGGCGGAUAGAGUUCCCUUGGUUUACAGUGUCCUGUGGAUAGGGCUUAGAUAACUCCCUAGCCAUAAACCCACUCUCCUGUCUUUAUAGUAUGUUCCGUUUGGAAUAUUGUUUCAGCUAAGACUCAAAAAAUUGAAAAAAUAAAACUCAAGAACUUGGGGAGUUUUCCCUUUGCUUAAAUGGAAAUUGUAUUUUCUAAGAAUUUUGCAAGUGUCUGUACAGUUUCUUGGCUGGGGAAACAGUGGGCUGCUAACCACAUGUCAGCAGUUAGUUGUGUUGCUUUCCAGAGCAUUAUCUAAUGGGCCCAAUGUGUACCUCAAGAUAAACGCAGUAUGUUAUGUCAAAAAAAUAAAUACAUUGUCUGUUGAUUUAAAUGGUUCUGAAAUGUCUAUAAAUAAAAAACUUUUCAAGGUU